CAGAUCUCACAAGUCCUGAUCCCUUUUAUGGUUUAAGUUAAAUAUUGCUUCACUACUUCAAAAAAUCUAACAAAAGUUCAUUUUAGAGCCUCGGUUUUCAUCAAAAUUUGGCCACAUUUUCGGACUCUCUGCCUCUGUGCGUGUUGUCAUGGCAACAGCGGGGUCAUGGUUACGCUAGUUUCCACAGCGUUAAAAAACAAACAAACGAAGUAACGUAGACAUUUCGUAAUUUAAUCACUAUAAUUCAUUAAAACACGUAAUAAAAAAUAUAAAUACAAAUAUAUAAUAAUAAUAAUCCAGUCGAACUUUAAUUGUAUCUCACAUUUUAUAAGCAAAAGUUUCCAAAGUGCUUCACAUUGCACGUUAAAAAGUCAACAAAAAAAAGGAACUAACACAAUCAAUAGUAAAAGAAUAAUAAUGAUAAAAAAAAUCAAUGAACAAAAAUAAUAAAAUCAAAAAAUAAAGGCAGUACUAAAAAAAAAAAAAAAAAAAAAAAGAUAAAAACAAUACAUAAAUAAAAAAAUUAAUUAAAAACACAGAGGACCACAAAAUUAUGUUUCAAACACAAGAAACUAAUAGAAUGAAUACGUAAAAGAAUAAAAAAAAAUCUAUUAAAAAUCUAUAAAAAUAAAGGCAGAACUAAAAAAAUAAAACAGAUAAGAAAAAAGAAAAAAAAAGAAAAAGAAACAGAGGACCAAAGAACUCAUGUGGUGUUAAAAGCCACAGAAUAAAAGUGGGUUUUAAGACUAUACUUUAAAAAAUAAUAACAAGAGACUAAUAGCAAUAAGAUAUAAAUGAUAUAAACGUCUGUACAGUAAGUAAAACACUAUCGUAUAACAAUAUCGUAUAUCGUACAAUAUCGUAAUAUAAAUACAGAUUAUAUCACAGUUAUAUACAAGAGGUCGUAAGGAAACAAUGCAAGAUGAUAUGGUGACUGACAGAAACACAUAAAGGUGAGUUGUUGUACAUUUAAAAGUUGUUGUACACUUAAAAGCAAUGCACGUUUGUAUUAGGAACCUUUAUAACAAAUGUUUUUUUUAUGUACUUCACUGCCCAGUUCCCUUUUUCCCCACUGACCUCAAAGGCAUCUAUAAAAUCACAGCUGCAGUUUCCUCCCUUUUGACCAAUCAGAGCGUCAGAUUGCCUAAAGCCCGCCCCCUCCGCCUGCACCAAUCAGGGCGUGUUGUCCAAAGUGCAGCGUGCUCAGUCAAACACCACGCUGCUCUAGUGAAGAUCCACUCCCAACUUUUAGGCUUGAAUUUAAGAAGAUUUUUACUUACAACAUGCCGUCUGCAAGCGAGAACACCCUCUUUGGUAUGGGCAACCCUCUGCUGGACAUCUCAGCUGUUGUGGACAAAGACUUCCUUGACAAGUAUGGACUCAAGCCGAAUGACCAGAUUCUUGCAGAGGACCACCACAAAGCCCUGUUUGAGGAGAUCGUGCAGAGGAACAAAGUGGAGUACCACGCUGGAGGCUCCACCCAGAACUCUGUGAAGAUCGCUCAGUGGAUGAUCCAGAAGCCUCAUAAAGUGGCCACGUUCUUCGGCUGCAUCGGGACGGAUCAGUUCGGGCAGAUCCUGAAGCAGAAGGCGGAGGAGGCUCACGUCGACGCCCACUACUACGAACAGAGCGAAGAGCCCACUGGAACCUGCGCCGCCUGCAUCACCGGGGACAACAGGUCCCUUGUCGCUAACCUGGCAGCCGCGAACUGCUACAAAAAAGAAAAACAUCUGGACUUGGACGGCAACUGGGAGCUAGUGAAGAAAGCCAAAGUCUAUUAUAUCGCGGGCUUCUUCCUGACCGUCUCUCCUGACUCCAUCCUCAAAGUGGCCAAACACGCCUCCGAGAACAACAAGAUCUUUGGUCUGAACCUGUCCGCUCCGUUCAUCAGUCAGUUCUUCAAGGAGCCUCUCAUGAAGGUGAUGCCCUACGUGGACAUCCUGUUUGGAAACGAGACGGAAGCUGCUACUUUCGCUAGUGUCCUGGGGUUUGGGACGGAGGAUAUCGGCGAAAUUGCCAAAAAGGCCCAGAAUUUGCCAAAGGAGAACGCAAAGAGACAGCGGAUAGUGGUGUUCACGCAAGGAAAGGAUGACACCGUCGCCACUGUGGGAGACAAAGCCAUCAAUUUCCCAGUUCUGGACAUCGACCAAAACGACAUCGUGGACACAAACGGAGCUGGAGAUGCUUUCGUUGGAGGAUUCCUGUCUGCACAGGUUCAGGAGCAGUCUCUGGAGGAAUGCAUUCGCGCUGGGCACUACGCAGCCAACGUCAUCAUCAGAAGAGUCGGCUGCACCUUCCCCGAAAAACCCAACUAUCAAUGAUCCCCUUACACCCCAAAAAACUCUCACGGUCAAAUGUUCUUUAUUUUGUAUUUUCAGUGAACUAAUGCUAAAGCCAGGAAACUCCAAGUGUUUUAACAGAUCGAGUAAAUGCGUUAAAGGUGCACUGAGUAACUUUUUGGUUGGGGAGUCCAUCACCUGCUUGUUUCUAUGGAGAUGUCACUGCUCUGGAAUGUUCCACAGUAUGACAUUAAACAACAGUUCAGUUACAGGUGCUCAAAAAUACAGAGUAAACCUGGCAUUAUUACUGCCUCUUCACAGAUCUGACCUGUAACUUGGGCUGGUUUGGUCUCCAUGACGAUACAAAGGUUUAAUGCCACACUGUGAAACAUUCCAAAACAAAACAAUAACAUCUCCAUGAAACAUUUGAUGGCCGCUCCACCAAAAAAGUUACACAAUGUACCUUUAACAGCCAGAAAUUGGGCUAAAAUGAUCUAACACUGUUAUUUAUAAGCAAAUAAUAUAAGCACUGAAUAAGCCAUACACACAUCCAAACUUUUAAUAGUUUACAGUCCGCAGCAAACGCACAAUUUUACAUUUCACCAUUUUGUUUUGAGUGAUUCGGACGAUAUUUGAACAAUAGCUAGGUCUGUCACAAAAAUACUUUUUGAAGUUUAAUAUAUUGCUGAAGAAACUAUACACGAUAAACGAUAAUAUUGAAACUAAUUUAUACCACUGAUUAGGGAUGUAACAAGAACCGAAAUAUCGUGAUAUCGUAUCAUCAAAAUUCUCACAACUAGACGUCUCUAUUUACCCGGGACAGUCCAAGUUUUGAGACUUGUGUCCCCUGUCCCAGCAAAUUUAUCCAAAACUAGUGAUUAGUCCCAGUUUUAUGUCCCAGAUGUCCCUAUUUUUGACCAAUCUGAUCCCUGCCAACUGUAAAAAGAUGCAUAAAUUGUCAUUUAGUUCAUUAAAAUGCAGAAAAGCUGAUUAAAAAUGAUUAAAACACAAAGAAAAUGUGACUAUACUGACUCAUGUUUGUCAUGAUGGGGCCAAGUGUAGAACAAUUUUUCUUAAUUACGCACUCAUUUCACAAUUUUAUUAUUACCAACCACCACAAGCCGAAAGUGUCCCAGUUUUUGGUUUUGAAAAUCUGGUCACCCUACUCACAGUAAUAUCGUGAACCAUGACAAUAUAUCAAAUUACAAGACUCUUUGCUUAAAUUAAGAGUUAUGGUGCAGAAAUAGCUAAAAAAAACAAACAAAAAACAGAAGGAACUACAUAGACCAUGAUCCUUUGCUCUGUUUCAGUGCAGACUACAUGAACAAAUCACAGUUCUAAGCACUUUGAAAUCGUAGUUCUUUGGAUUAAGUCUUGUCAAGGCAUUUUAAGAGGAAAAAGUCCCAUAUUAACAGUUUUUUUAGCCUCCACAAAACAUUGUACCGUGAAAAUAUCGUAUUGAAAGAUUUGGAUAUCAUUACAUCUUUACCGCUGACACAAUAACCCAAGAGAUUUAAACCACAAAAACUAUUCUAAAUGUACAAUAUUGUUAAAUAAAUACAAUAAAAGUAAAAUAAAACAGUUUAGACAGUUUAAUUCAACCUUCUAUGGCUCAAAUCAUAUCAUAUAUCCAAAAAAAUUACUCAAAAAUAGUAUCCAAGAUAAAUAUUGACCCCUAAAAUAUACUUCCAACUUUCAUAUAUUAUUAUUAUUUCGAUUAGUCUAUGGUAAUUAUUGUGACAGGCCUAACUAUAAAGAAAUAUAAGGGAUGUCUAUACAAUUGUGCUAUCUCCUUUGCUAAAUGCUAAGAUGACUCUGUAAGUGCUUUACCAAUAUACAAAAACAGGUUAGCACAACAGGCUAGGUGCUGUAGCGAAUUAUAAACAAAGAAAGCCUUUAUCUCUGCCUCAGUAAUAACAUGAUUAAUCAAUGUAAUAUAUAUAUUAAAGAAAAAUAAAUAUUAAAGAAACAUAUUUAUACACUGUACCUCUAGCAAUUAGAUUAUAGAGCGCUAGUUAGCUUGUUAGCCUGUUAGCUAGUUAGUAAAAAGUGUUUAGGGCAAUUGGUGUCACAUAUAUUUCCAAAUUAUAGUUAUUAUAUGAUAUUAAAGCCAAUUUAUCUAAGCCCUGCUAUUAGUGAAUAAGUAAUUUUAUUUUUUUUUCCCCUUUGUGGCCUUUUUAAUCACUAAAGAUAAUUUCCAGUAUUUUGCUAAAUGCUAACCAGUGCUAGGAAAUAACUGAACACACGUACUAUAUAUACUCAUUUUAAAGGUGCAUUGUGUAACUUUUCUGGUGGAGGGUCUGUCAUUUGAUUUAUUUCCAUGGAGAUUUUAACACUUAAAAAUGUUCCAUAGUAGUGUUAAACUGAUUUAUUUUGCAUUUAUUCAAUUACCGGUGUGUUUAUUGCUUAAAAAACACAAGCAGGGUCGCCUCUCCACAGAUCUGACAUGUAACUUGGCUUGGUGGUAUCAUUUUUGGUGGGGUGUCCAUGGAGAUUGUUACAUUUAAAGCAACACUGUGGAGCGUUCUGGACAAAGCAGAGUAAAUAACGGACCCUCCACCAGAAAAGUUACACACCUUUGCACCUUUAAGUAACUAUUCAGGUCCAGUUACUCUUUCAUUUCUUGUUAUUCAGAAUAUAGUCACUUUACUAAAAUCUAAGAAACAUAUUGCAGUAUUUGAUGUCAAAAUAUCAGCUCCAAACUGCACAUAGCUAGUGAGAAAAAUCUGAAAAACUUGUCUCGUUUUGAGUCCAUGUGUGAUUUUUCCUGCUCUAAUUAGUGAAAAGAAAUGUAUAACAAACAGUGAAACAAAUAUAAAGCUGUUUUAAUGCUA